AUGACGUACAGUCAGCGAUUGUUUAACUUUGCGUCAGUGCUUUUUAUGAAAUGUUGGUUUAAACAUGUAAUUAGGAAUGACCAAAAAAUUUUCCAGCGACUUUAUGGUGAAAAUUUUAUCGAUUUGGAGGAAAAGCUUGCACAAGCAACAUUUGUUUUGGAAAGUUCCAAUCCAUUUUUUAAUAUUCCCAAGCCAACCAUAUAUAAAGUGUUAGAACUUGGUGGACUUGGAAUACCCAAAGCUCAACCACUGAGUGAUGCAAGUUGCAUAUGCAUUCAUAUUAUAAGCGAGUGGUCAAAGGUCAUGAAUGAGAAUAAAAAAGUAAUACUUGUUUCAUUUGGUACUGUUGCAUUUAGCUAUUUAAUGCCUAAUGAAACAAAACAAGCACUUCUGCAAACUUUCAAUGAAUUUUCUGAAGUAAUAUUUAUUUGGAAAUAUGAAAAAGAAGAAGAUAAUAUUGCUGAAGGAUAUCCUAAUGUUAUCACUGCUAAAUGGCUUCCACAAACUGAUUUAUUAGCACAUCCUAAUUUGGUGGCAUUUUUGACGCAUGGCGGAAUGAACAGCAUAAUGCAGACGUUAAGUUUUGGAAAACCCGUCAUUGUAGUGCCACUGUUUAUGGAUCAGUUACAGAACGCAGCUUUAAUCCAACGCUCACGCACUGGCAUUCUUUUACAACUUUCAAAACUUAUUGUAAAGCAAAAAUUACGUCAAGCAAUUCAUGAGAUUAUCUACAAUACUAUGUAUUUACAAAAUGCAAAAAGAAUAUCAGAGAUGAUGGCGAAGAGACCAAAUCCAGCCAAAGAGCAGUUGAUUAGGCACGUGGAAUUUGCAGCGGAAUUUGGUCAGAUUCCGAAUUUUGAUCCAUACGGAAGGAAAUUAUCAUUCGUGACCUAUUACAUGCUUGAUAUUAUCAUCCCUUGCAUAUUUGUGAUCUUUUGCAUCAUUUCAGGCAUUUGUUGGCUUAUUUUUAGCAUUUUGCGCAAGCUAUAUAGAAAACUUAUCCAAAAUAAUCAGUGUAUUGCAGUUGAAAAUGGUGAAAAAAAAAAUCAGUGAUU